AUGGCAUCUGAUGGUCUGUGGGAGCUUCUGGGCAAUGAUGAAGUUGUCGCAUUAAUGGGCCGGUGGGUAGAUCAACAGGAGGCUAUCAGGCCUGAUAAGGGCAAGGGGGAAUGGGAGAAGUACAUGCCAGUCAGCAGUGAGGGUUCCGCAGGGCUAAUGCACCGAGGGCCACGGGGCUCCGGAUCAGUCCAUUCAGAAGAUAGGUUUGUGCUGGAAGAUCGGAACGCCGCUACUCAUCUUCUGCGGAAUGCGCUGGGCGGUCGGCUACAUGAUGCUCAGAUGGCGUGUGCCAUGCUCACUCUUUCGUACCCGCUUAACAGGAGGCAUCGAGACGAUCUCUCAAUCAUGAUUAUCUUCUUUGGUGAUAUCCGGGACACUGCAGCGGAGAGAAAGAGUUAG